AUGGAGUCCAUCGGUGCCAAGACUUUGGAAGAGGAUAAGAAGAGGUUGAUUCUCGAGAUCCUCAGCAUCGUCCUUGCCGUAAUCCCCUUUAUCGGCAAAGCUAGAGGAGCGUUGUUUGGCGGAGUCGCCAUGAUCUCCCGUAUUGCCUCUCUCGUUGACGUGACCGGUUCUGCUGGCUUCACUGCAUACGAUACCGUGAAAGACCCGAAAUCAGCGCCUUUUGCGACCUUGGGGUUGUUCGUUGGAGCAUUCGGCAGCGACGUUAGGUCCAGGAAGGAGGCUUUUAGUGAGGCGGCCAAGGCGCAUAAGGGUCUGCCGGCAUCUGACCUUGUUAAGUUCGGGGAUGACUUUGUGCGAGCGACACCAAGAUGCAGGAAAUUGUCGACGCCUGUCUGA